AUGUUGAAUUCUCUCAUAUUUUUUCUGGUUGUCACGAACAUCCUGGGCCAAACUGAAUUUCUCAACAAGUUGGAUGAAUUGUAAGUCGAAAUCUUGUUAAAUAUGAUCAAUUGUCAUCCAUCAAGGAUUACAGAGUUCCAUUCGAAGAUCGCGAUAGUUUUGAAGAACUUGUGACUUCGGAUUUCGUCGGAAUUACGGAAGUUUAUCCGGGGAAACGGUUUGAGCACGAUUUGAAAUCGUUCAAAAAGUUCUUGUACAUGUUCAAUUCUCGAUAUUGGAAAAUGCACACAACUGGAAGUUGGGAGGGUGUACGUUUAUUUUUGAAGAAAAUUAUUAUAUUUAAAAACUCGUGGUUUCUCUAGAAAUAUUCAAAUGAUACGCCGAAAUCUGAAAUCAUCUCUUCCACGGAAAAAUCGGCCAGCUUCAAAAUCUCGAAAUUUUUCAAAUUUGCAUUCGAUGAAAAAAAUCAAACACAAUUAUAA